GAGAGAGAGAGAGCCAUUGAACCAAAAACAAAACAUAUCUCAUCAUCCUCUCUGUUUCUCGAAAACCGUCUUCGCUCGAUGGGAACGUUCACGAGCCUACGAAAAGCCUAUGGAGCGCUCAAGGAUUCCACCACCGUAGGUCUCGCUAAGGUCAACAGCGAAUUCAAGGAUUUAGAUAUUGCGAUCGUCAAGGCAACGAAUCAUGUUGAAUCUCCUCCGAAAGAACGUCAUGUUCGUAAAAUAUUCUCGGCGACAUCUGCAAUACAACCACGAGCAGAUGUUGCUUACUGCAUUCAUGCAUUGUCAAAGAGAUUGUCCAAAACUCGCACCUGGGUCGUAGCAAUGAAGGUGUUAAUAGUAAUUCACAGAACAUUAAGAGAAGGUGAUCCUACAUUUAGAGAAGAGCUUCUUAAUUACUCACACAGACGACAUAUUCUCAGAAUCUCUAACUUCAAAGACGAUACAAGUCCUCUUGCUUGGGAUUGCUCUGCAUGGGUUAGAACAUACGCGCUCUUUCUUGAAGAGCGGCUUGAAUGUUACCGUGUUUUGAAGUAUGACAUAGAGGCAGAGCGUUUGCCAAAAGGUGCAGGUGCAGCUUCCAAGACACAUAGGACAAGGAUGUUGUCUGGUGAAGAUCUGUUAGAACAGUUACCUGCGUUACAACAGCUUCUUUACCGGCUUAUUGGAUGUCAACCUGAAGGAGCAGCUUAUAGCAACUAUCUAAUCCAGUAUGCUAUUGCUUUGGUGCUUAAAGAAAGCUUCAAAAUCUAUUGUGCCAUCAACGAUGGAAUCAUUAACCUUGUUGACAUGUUCUUUGAGAUGACAAGACAUGAUGCAGUUAAAGCUCUGAACAUAUACAAACGGGCUGGUCAACAGGCUGAGAAUUUGGCUGAGUUUUAUGAUUACUGCAAGGGGCUAGAGCUCGCUAGGAACUUUCAGUUCCCUACCUUAAGACAGCCUCCUCCAUCGUUUCUUGCAACAAUGGAAGAGUACAUCAAAGAAGCGCCUCAGAGUGGUUCUGUACAGAAAAAACUUGAGUAUGAGGAAAAAGAGGAGGAACCAGAACCACAAGAAGAAGAACAACCUGAAGAACCUGCAGAAGAUGAAAACCAAAACACAGAAACUGAUCAGCCGCUUAUCGAAGAAGAGGAAGAAGAACCUAUAGAGGAGAAAGAACAGGAAGAAGUUAAACCUUCACCGUUGAUAGACACUGAUGACUUACUGGGUCUAAAUGAAAUAAACCCACAAGCUGCAGAGAUUGAAGAAAGAAACGCAUUGGCUCUUGCCAUUUAUCCACCUGGACAUGAAACUUCAGGCCCAUCUAAUAGUCUAAGCUUGAUAGAAGCUGGCGGAAGUGGUUGGGAGCUUGCAUUAGUCACACCACAAAACAACAACAAUAACAACAAUCCUCGUCCCACAGUAGCAACAAAACUCGGCGGAGGAUUUGACAAUCUUCUACUAGACAGUCUCUACGAAGACGAUACAGCAAGAAGACAGAUCCAAUUAACCAAUGCAGGCUACGGAUUUGGAGCCACGGCUACACACGGAGAACCACACUCAUCGAACCCGAACCCGUUUGGGAUGCAACAAGAUCCUUUCGCAAUGUCUAGUAACAUGGCUCCACCAACCAAUGUUCAAAUGGCAAUGCAACAGCAGCAAAUGAUGAUGAUGAAUAAUAAUCAAAAUCCAUAUAACAACAACAACUAUUCACCUUAUCAUCAGCACUUCUCAUCAUAUCCUUCAUCUUCCGCUUCUGCUAACCCUUUUGGUGAUACUUUCCUUGCUCUCCCAGCUCCUCCUUCAUCUUCUACUCAGCAGCAACACAACAAUCAUAUGCUCCUUUAGGAAAGGUCUUCUCAAUAACUUGUCUUUUAACUUCGAUUUAACUGAGCUUAUUAUUAUUCUUUAACUAUUUUCUAGCAUAAGACGUUAUAUAUUGUUGGAAUUUUUCUUCUUUUUCUUCCUUAAUUUAAUUAUUUAUU